CGUACGGCGAGGAAGAAGAACAUUUUGAAAGAUGGCGGCGCACACGGAGAAAAAUGGCAAAGCAGGGAAACCCGGGGGAAAAGAAGCGCAACCUUUGAUAAUAGCCAAAACUCCGGCUGAGGAGCAACGUCUAAAGCUGGAGAGGUUGAUGCGCAACCCGGAUAAACCAGCUCCCAUCCCGGACCGACCGAAAGAGUGGAACCCGCGGGCUCCGCCGGAGUUUGUGCGGGACGUGAUGGGCUCCAGCGCAGGGGCCGGCAGCGGGGAGUUUCAUGUUUACCGGCACCUGCGGCGCAGAGAGUACCAGCGACAGGACUUCUUGGACGCGAUGUCAGAGAAGCAGAAGAAGGACCAGGAAUACUUAGACAAGGUGGAGAGCAACCAGCUGAACGCGGAGGAGAGGACGGCGAAGCGCAGGAAGAAAAGGGAGAAGCUGAAACAGAAAAAGCUGAUGGCGAAGAAGGCGAAACAAGACGCCAAGAAGACAGACGACGCCGACAAGAGCUCGUCCAGCAGUGAAGAUGAAGAUGAGGAGAGGGAAGCUGAUGAUGAUGCUGAGGUGCCUAGCUUCGUCAUGGGGAGGAAAUGAACUGCUGGCCCUGCUUUCCGGACACAUCAAGUGAUUAUUUUGGGCAGCAAGUGGAGAUUUAAGAGACCAGAGAUCACCUAACAAUUACAGAGCCGCAUCCAGAGGCAACAAAAAGACAACCAGUGCCAGAGUCCAGACAAACUCACUCAAAAGUUCACUGCACUGCCAAGAUGAAAAUGCAUUUGGAUAUUGAUAUUCCCCUGUGAACUGCCCAGGAAUAACAGGAUGAACAGCUUAGUUAAUAUGCGGCCAAUCCAUUACCAAAUGAUUACACGGGGAAUAUUGUGUCCCAGACUGAAAUUACGCAAAACGAGAUGUGUUCAACAAUACUGGUUCUUUGUUGUAUAUUAAUGAAUACGUGAUUUUAAUAUAGGUAACCACAUUUAAGUAUGCUUUUUCCUGUUUAAGUUAGCAGGCCUGGGAUUCUGUCAUGUUCAGGGGUUUCUUGAAUUUGCUAAAAAGUGUUGAUUCUGUGUAAAUGUCUGAAAACAGCAGUCAUCCUGAAUUUAGAUUUAGUGGGGUGUUACAUUUGACAAUUCUAAUCCUAUAUUUUUUAAACAAUAAUGCAUACGUUUUAAUAAAAGUGUAAAUACAUUGA